CCUCACACUUUCCCUCAGCCUAGUAUCUCUUGCACCAUGAGCUUUCAGGACAUUGAAACGGGGCUAGCGCAGCGUCCAUACUCACCCAAUAACGGUGUACCACAGUCCCAGGAGGAAGCCGCGUUUCUCAGCCUGCAGUCUUCGCUUUCUCUCCAGGUGUUCAAGAUCAACUCGAAUGUGCAGGGUAUCCUGAAGCUUGUCGACCAGCUAGGCACGACCCGUGAUUCUGCGACUCUCAGGAAGUCCCUUCAUGACCUGACCGAAGCAACGCGCGCAAUGGCCAAGCGCGGCUCGGAUGACCUGAAGAAACUUGCAGCGCUACAAGCACCCCUACCUCGACACAAGACAUCUUUGCAGAAGACGUCGCAUGACUUCCAGCUCUCUCUUGUCGCCUUUCAACGUGCGCAACAAGUGAGCGCUGAGCGCCAGCGCACCGUUGUUCAUGGUGUGAAGAUUGCCGUAGAGGAGGAAGCAUCGCCUCAUGACCGGCCGUCCAGUCCGACGCCAUCCCAGCGUCAGGCUCUGAUUCUGCAGAAUCAACUAUCGCCGCAUGAGCUUGCGUUCCAGGAAUCCCUCAUCCAGGAGCGUGAGGCUGAGAUCCGGGAAAUUGAAACCGGCAUCCACGAGCUGCAUGAGAUCUUUCGCGACCUGGGAACGCUCGUUCAAGAGCAGGGUGGCAUGCUUGACAACAUUGAGUCGAACAUAUCAUCCAUUGCGGUCGACACUGCUGGCGCCGCGGAAGAGCUCACAACGGCGCACGAAUAUCAGCGGAAAGCCGGCCGACGCGCGCUAUGUCUGAUGCUCGUGCUUGUCGUUGUCGUCGCCGUUGUGCUCCUGGCAAUCCUAUCAUGACGACAUGUACCGACUAUCACUCAUACAUGAUCACACCGCUUUGCUCGAUUGCUCGAUGGAUAUGUUUAUGCCUUCAUGCCUGGUAAUUAUAGAUAUUUGUAUGCGGAUUGACAAUGCGGACAUUUG